AUGUUGUUCAUGAAUGUCAUUUUGACUAUAUUAAAUUUAGUUCAUGGAUUUGAAACAAUAGAAAUGAAUCCUGAAAAUCAAUAACUGAAAAAGACUAUAACUAUAGCAGAUUCAAACGAUUCAACUAACUAUUGUUUUACUUAUGGUUUAUGGACAAAAUAUAAUCCUCUUGCAAAUAUUAAAUAAGUAGGAUUAUAUGGAUUAUUUAAUGAUUAUUGCUUUCAUUUACAUAAUGUUGUAGCAAUAGAUUCAUAAAGUUUAAAUCUAAUUUAUUAUGAUUGUCUUGAUAAACAGCAAAAGUAAAUUAAAAAGACAAUACAAUUUAUAAAUGAUAUAGAUGAGUAAUACAAGUUUGAAAUAAUAAUAAACCCUUUUGAAUAUGAAAAUAUAUGGUAUUUUAUGCAAAUAGUAUAAUGGCCUGCAUUAGAAAGAUUUGAAUUAAUAAUUAGUUAAUAAUAAGCGCUAAAAUUGCAUAAAAUAAUUAAAAUGAAAAGUCCUUAUAGUGAUAAAAAUUUGAUUUUAACAUUCGGUAGUAAUUUAAUUGUAGGUGAUUCUAAAAUAUCGAAUAUUAAAAAUGGAGACACUUUUACAUAUUUUCCAGGCUAUAUUCGAAUACAAGAUUAUAUUGAAUAAAGUUUAUCACCUUAAUUUGAUUUUAUUGGUCAUUCAUAAAUAAUAUAUGAAUCAUUCAAAACUUGUAUUUGUAAUUUGAAUUAGAAUUAGUAAAUAAAUGAUUAGAACUUCUCAUAUUUGUAAUAAAAUUAAUAUAUAUCAUAAAAUUAAAAUUGUGAUUCUUUCAUUUUAAUUGGAUGGAUUAAAAUAAGAAAAAUAGUAUAGGUUUCAGAAGUAUUGAAUUAUUAAUUUAUUAAAAUAAGUGCAAAUUCCAAUAAUCCAAUUAUAGAAGAUUAAAAUUUAUCACCUUUUCAAUUAUUUUAUUACAUUUCAGAAAAAGAGAAUAAUAUUGAAAUAACAACAUAUAGUUAUUAAUUUCCAGAUGUAUCAAUUAAUUUUUAAGAUAAUCCUUUUCUUAUUUAAGAUAAAUUAUCAAUCACAAAUAAUAUAACUUUAUGGCAUUAUUUAAAAGUAGAAUUGAAAUUUAAUUAAAUUAUUAUGGAUUUAAAAUUUUAUGAGAUACAAAACUCAAAUCAUUUUAUAAGAUAAUAUGAUGUAAUUUAGUUUAAUAAUUAUUAAUUCAAAAUAAAAUUUGGAAAUUUGCUAUAAUAUUCUUAAAAUUAUCUAAAUAUUGAUAUAAGAAACUUUUAAUUUUAUAAUUGUUAAUAAUAAUUAAAUGAAUAUAAUUGUCAUUAUAGUUGUUUAACAUGUGAUGGUCCAACUAGUGAUGAUUGUUUAUCUUGUUCUGAAUCUAGAAUAUAUUUAAAAUAGUUUAAAGUUUGUAUAUGUCCUUACAAUACUAUAGAUGAAAAUAAAAAUUGUUAAACUUAUCAAGAUUCUAAUUUAUAACUUAUUAAAAAAGAUAGAGUAAAUAAAUAAUGUAAAUAAGGUUACUUUUAAAUUGAUAAUGAUUGUUAAAAAUGGUAUUAUUUUUAUUUAUCUUUUAGUCCAUCUAUUAUUAAAGAAAAUAUGAUUACAUGUUUUGAAUGCUAUAAUAAUCCACUUAAUUGGUAAUAAGAUUUUAAUUGUUAAACAUCUCUCUAUUUAUCAACAAAAGGUAGUAUAGAUAAUUCAUUGAUCCCUGAAGGUUAAGACAAAUAUUAUUUUGAUGGUUCAUAACUAAAUUAUUUAUAUGAUUAUUAUAUCUUAUAAUAUGUAAGUAAUCCAGAAAUAAUUGAAAAUAUUUAUCAUUAGUAUCAGUUAGGUUUUAUUUAUUUUAAAUAUUUUUGUCAGUAUUAAGAUUAAUAAAUAUUUGACUCAGCUAUGUGUUAUAGAUGUAUAUUUUAAAAUUGUAUAAGCUGCUAGAUAAGUUUAACAGGUUUAAUUUGUUAAUAAUGUCAAUCUGGAUAUAUUUUAAUUGAUGGAGUUUGUAACUCAUAAAAAUGGAUUAGAAAUGAUCCUAUUUGUAUACCUCCUGAUUAUAUAUCAUAUUCAAGAUAAUGUAAGAAAUGUCUUAUUAAAAACUGCAUUUAUUGUUUUGAAUAUUUAAGUUAUAAUUAAAAUAUUUGUUCUUUGUGGCCUUAAUAUAUAAUUAGUGAGCAUGAUUUUAAUUAUGUUAGAAUUGGUUGUGCACUUUGUGAAGAUAAUUAUAUAUUUGAUUUUACAAUUAAUUUAUGCAUAUAUUAGAAACCUUAAUUACAAAAUUGUUAACGUUCUUUUAUAGAUAAAAAUAGUUAAGAAAAAUGUACAUUAUCAAUAAAAGAUGAUUUUUCUAUUGCUCCUGAAAUAAUUAAUUGUGAAAAUCAUAUACAAAAUUGUUUAUAAUGUACAUUGAAUAUUUCAAUUGUAAUUAAAUGUGUAAUUUGUAUAAAUGGAUAUAUUGUUGAAAAUAAUUAAUGUGUUCCUAAUGAAGAAUAUUUAGUUCCAGAUUAUCAUAUAACUAUUUGGACUAAUAAAAUCCAAAGUUUUAUACUCUAAUUUAUUCCUAUAUUAAAUAGUUAUUAAUAUUAGCAAUAUCUAUAAUAAAAUUAAAAUUAAUUUGAAUAUUGUGGUCCAGAUUGUUUAAUUUGUGAAUAUAAUACUUGUUAAUAAUGUCCCUUAAAUUAUUUUAAAAAAUAAAUAAAAGCUGAAUAAGGUAAAUAUUGUUCAGAUUGUCCUCAAUUAUGUUAAGCAUGUAUGUCUCGUUCAGAUAUUGAAAUUAAAGUAUUAAUAUAUAUAUAAAUGCUAUUAGACUUAUUAAUCACAUUUUAGAGUCACUUAAGAGAAUGUAAUUUUUACUAAAAAAUGUAUUAAGCCAUAUCUAGAUCCUGCAAUUUAAUAUGAUCCUUAUAAUUAGAUUUCUCGGUAUUGCUUUGAAAAUGACUGUUAAAAUUCUUUUGUAUUUAGAUUUUCAUAUUAUUCAUGUGAUUUUUCAAGAUUUAAUAGGUUAUAUGAAACAAAAAUCAAUAAAAAAUAUUUAAAUUAAAUUGGAAUUGAUACUCUAGAUUUUGAAUUUUAAUUAGAAACUUAUGAAUAAAUAUGUUAUCUAUUUUUCCCAAUGAGAUUUACAACUUAGCUUAAGGAAAAUGUUUUCACUUUAAAAUAUACUAAUUUUAAAAUACACUCAUUAACAAAAUUAUUCAUUUAUCCAAUCUAUUCUGCUGAAUUUAUUAAUUUUGAUGAAGUUGUAUUAAGUAAUUUAGACUUUAUAAUUUAUUCUAAUUAUCAAUUUAUAUUUGAAAAUGAGUCAAAAAAAGUAAAAUUAUCUUUACUAAAUAUUACAAUUGAUUCAAGCUCAUUUAAUAAUAUAAAUUCUUUAUUCGAAACAUAAAUUUUUGAUAGUAUUAAUAUAAAUAAUCUUACAAUAUCUAAUUCCAUUUUUAAUAGAUCAACCUUAUUUAAAUUAAAUAAAUAAGACUUUUAUGGAAGUAUAACAAUUAUAGGAUUAUUUUUAUAUAAUUGUACAUUUAUUGAUUCACAGUUAUUUUAUAUUUCUAAUUUAUAGAGUAACAUAUCUAUUCAAAAUUUUAAUAUGGAAAAUAGUAGUGUUGAAAAUUCAUAGAUUUUUAAUUUUGAAUCUCAGGUUGUCAGAUAUAUCCUAUUUAGUAUGAAUUAAAUGUAAGUAAAUAAUAAUCAAUUUAUAUUUUCUAUUAUUAUCAAUAUUACUAAUCUUAUUGAAUUAAGAAUAAUAGAUUUAUAGUUUACAUAAAAUAUCUUAUUUAAUUCAACUAUCUUAUCUCUUAAUUUUAGAUUAAAAUUAAACUAAAUUUAUAUUGAAUAAAAUAUAUUUAAAUCUUCAUAAUCUAUAAUUAUAGUUUAGAAACUAUUUUAGUAAACAAUUCCAUGUUUGAUAGAAAAACUUCAAAUAAUUAAAAAUUAAUUUGAAAAAUCAAGUUUAUUACUAAUUUUUUCAACUUAUUCAACUAAUAAUCUUGCUCUCAUUAUUCAAAAUACUUAAAUCUAAUAAAAUUAUAAAUCUACUACAAAUGAUAUUGAUCGUCUUUUUGAUAUAAACUGUUAUUCAAUUCAAUUGAAUACAAUAUUAAUAACUCAAAAUAAAAAUCUAUUGAUUUUAUUUUUAUCAGACAUUUAGUAAUUAUAAAUUGAUGAUAUAAUUUAUUCUGGUUCAUUAGAUUAAUUUAAAAUACCAUUAGUAAUUAAUGAUUUAAGUUUCAUAUAACAGAAUAAAUUAAUUAUAAUUCAAGGUAUAAGUUCUAUUUAAAUUAAUAAUUUAAUAAUAAAAAAUCAGAUAAGUAUUGAUGAAUCUUUAUUUGAAAUAAUAUAAAGCUCAAAAGAUAAAAAUAAUUAAAUAUGUUAAAUUAGUCUUAAUAAUAUAUUGUUUUAAUAAAAUAUAUUAUUAUAAUUAAAUAAAAUUAAUAGGUUAUCUCUAUUUAGAUUAGAAUCAGAUUUAACUUUAAAUAAUAUUACUUUACAAAAUAUUACUUAUAGAUUUAAUAUGUUUCAUUCUUAUAUCAAUCAUGUAAUAAGAACUUAAGCAAGCUUAUUAUAUAUAUAAUCCUCUUUAAGUUCUAUAUAUAUUCAAUAGUUUUUAGGCAAUUAAAACACCUUAACUAAUUCUUCAAAUACCUUUGUUGUUAUAUCAUCUGAAACCUUAAAACUAUUAAAUUACACAAUAAAGUAUUAAAAUUGGUUAAACAAGGAUUUGUGGAUCAAAUAUUAUGAUCUAAAAUUGGAUGAUAAUAAUAAUCAAGAAGAUUUUAAUAAAAUUAUUUUUUCUACAUUAAAACUAAACAAUUAAGGUGGAGCAGGAAAAUUACAUACUUCAAUAUUUUUCUGUAUUGAUUGUUUUUUUGAUCACAUACUCGCUCAGGAAGGGUUUUUAUUUGAUAUCACAACAUCUGGUUAAGGUGUAAUUAAUUUAGUAAAUUUAACAGUUAAUUAUGCAGAAAAUAAUCUGGAAUCAACAGAAAAAUAUUAUGGAUGUUUAAAAAUCGAUUCAUCUAAUGGUUAAUUAAAUUUGAAUCUAAAAAAUGCAAUAUUUUAAUAUGUUUAAAAUAGGAUGGCAACUUCAAUAUUAACAGUUUUUCCUUCAAAAAUUCAAAAUUUAAUAACUAUAGAAAAUGUAAAAAUUAUAGAUUGUUUAUCUUUGUUUAAUUAAAUUAUGAAUAUUCAAUUUUCUUAAUUAAUAACUAAUAAAAAUUUAGUAUUCAUAAAAAAUUUAACUAUUAUUUAAAAUUUAUAAAUUUGGAAUACAUAUUUUACUUAGAUUAAAAUUUUAUCAAAUGAAGAAUUAAAUGAAAUUGUAUAAGAUAACAAUGCAUUAAUAUUUAUGGAGAAUUGCAAUAUACAAUUAAAAGGGUUAAUCAUAGAAGGUGUAUUUAUUUCACCUAUAUUGAAAUUUAUUAAUAUUCCUAGACUCUAAAUAGAAUUAUUGAGAAUAUAAAAUAUUAUAAUAUUUUAUUAAUUUACAUUAAUUCAUGUAAUGUAAAUAGCAAAUAUAAAAUCAAUAAUAAAGUUUCAAGAAAUUGAUAUUUAGAAUGUUUCAAUAUAUGAAGUUUUAGAAGAAUCUAAUAUUCAUACUAAUAAUGAUAAAAAUAAUACAAUUUUAAUUCAUCCAUUAAGAUAGCCAUCUUUAUAAAACUUUUUAAAUGAGAAUGCCAAAUUAUUUCAAUUGAAUAGUUUAUAAUUUGGUUCUAUAUUCAAUUUUAAAAGUUUAUCAAAUUAAAGUUUCUUUUACUUUGAUAGAAUUAAAUUAAUGAAAAAUAAUUGCUAACAUUGUGAAAAAGGAUUAAUGUAUUUUGAAUUAGAAGAGUUUUAAGAGAUUAGAAUUUUAAGUUUAAAUUGUAUAAAAAAUCAAAUAAAAUAAUUUGGUUGUUUGUAUUUUACCAAAAAUAAAUAUGAUUAAACUAAAAUUAUUGUUAAAAAUUCAAAUUUUUUAUUUAAUUAAGGAACUUAAGGUGUGGCUAUAACUAACAUAAACAUUUAUUUUAAGUUAAUUUCCAGUAAAAUAAUUUAAAAUACUGCAAGUGAAUUAGGAGGUGGUAUUUAUUUUGAAAUUGAUUCAAAUACUUUUAUUGUGAAUUAAUCAAUAAUUAUUUCUAAUAUUGCUAAAAUUGGAGGAGGUAUUUAUCUUAAAGGAUUGAGCAAUUUAAAUAAGAAUAAUUUUAUCAAUUCUAUGUUAUUGUUUAAUUAAGCUUUGGAACAAGGGAAUAAUCUUAUAGAAAUACCAUCUCAUUUAGCUCUGUUUAUCAAUUCUAAAGAGAUUCCUUCAACAUCUAAAAUAAUAAAUGAUAUUUAAACAAAUUAAAUGAAGUUGAAUACUUAUUAAAUACUUGAAUAAGAUUAGAUUCGUUAAUAUGAAGAGUUAAUAAUACCAAGUAAUUAAAUAAUAAAGGAUUUUUAAAUAUUUGAUAUAAGAUAAUCUAAGUAUAAAUUAUUUAUAGAAAAUAUGGAAUUGUAUUACAAAAAUAGUAGAAAUGAAUUGUUAAAAACCUUUUUUAACUUAACCUGUAUAAUUAAUUAAUCAAUUAUUAUUAAAAGUGAUUCUUAGAUUGAAAAUUAAAAAAAAAACAAAACUGUUAAGUUUAAUAAUGAAAAAUAACAUUUUGAUUUAUCAUCAUUAUAAUUUACAUUAGAUCCAUAUUAAAAUUAUGAACAUUUAUUAAUAUCAAUAUAUUGCAAAUUUCAUGAUAAAGAAAAAGGUUUAAUGUAUCAAAUAAAAGCAAAAAGUUUAAAAUGUCAACUUGGUGAAUUUUAUGUUAAUGAAGGGUGUUAAAUUUGUUAAUCUAAUUAAGGUUUUUAUUCUGUUACUUAUAAUACUACUAAAUGUUCUAUUUUUGAUAAGACUAAGUUUUCAAAUAUUACAUCAAAUAUGAUAGAUUUAUUACCUGGAUAUUGGAGGCCUCAUAAUUUAUCUGAUUUUACAGAAGAAUGUUUUAAGAAUUAAGCAUAUUGUUAAGGAGGAUGGUUAGUUGGACAUAAUCUUUGUAUUCCUGGACAUGUUGGUGCAUUAUGUGAAGAAUGUGAUAUAUAUGAUAUUAGAGGAUUUGGUAAUUUUUAUAAAAAUUAAUGGAAUUAAUAAUGUUAAAUAUGUUAAGAUAAAUGGGAUGGUAUCAUGUCUCUUAUACUUAUACUUAUUUGGUAAUUAAAUAAUGUAAUUUUAGGACAUUUUUAUCUAUUAUAUUAUCUUUGAGAAGUGUCAAUAGAUCAAAUAAAUUAUUUACUUAACUUAAAUUAAUUAGAAGAUAUCACAAAAUCUUAUUUAAAUUAAAUUAAGGUAAAAUAAUAUAAAAUAUUCUAGAUCAUGAAAGUAUUCUUAUAAAAUUGAUGAUAAAUUAUUUAUGGACUUUUUAAGUAAUAUUUACAUUUAAUAUCAAAUUUUCUCUAUCAUUUUAUUUUGUUGAAUAAAUUAGUAAUAGUUCCUAUUCUAUUGCUAGUAAUUAAGAUUGUCAUUUAUCUAAAAUAAGUACAAAUCCCUUAAUUUAUAUAAAACUUUUAAUGAUGAUAACAUUUAUUAUUUCAUAAUUUAAUAUUAUAUUUUUGGCAUCAUUUUGCUACUUUAAAAAAAUGAAACAUAAAUAUGAUCUCAGUAUACUCACAAAUACUCUACUUUAUUUGUAUAUUGUAAAUUAUGCAGGGUUGAUGAAAAUGUAAAAUUAUAAUAAUAUUUAUAGGUUAUCUUCAGUUCUUUCAAUUCGAGUUAUAUCAAAUAUUAAUUAUAUUUAAGGUGAUGUGACAUUGUAAUUUGGAGAUCAAAAUCAUAAAUAUUGGAUUUUUUAUUGUGUUUUACCAGGAUUAAUAUUUUUUGGGUUUCUUAUUCCUGUUUUCAUUCUAGUAUUUUUGUUAAUAAAUAGAAAUAACCUAGAUAAGAUUAAACUAAGAAAGCAUAUUUGUUAUUUACUAAAUGAAUACGAAAGUUAAAGUUAUUUUUGGGAAUAAAUCAAAUAAUUAAAAAAAACUAUAAUUAUUUUUAUUUUGACUCAUUUUGAAACUUAAAUUUUAUUUAAAGCUCUUUUAUUAGGAUUAUGCUUAUUAAUUUAUUAAAUUUUAGCAAUUAAUUAAAAACCCUUUGUUACAAAAACAUUUAAUUCUCUUGAUUUAGAAGCAGCAUAAAUUUGUUCGAUUUCAAUUUACUUAACUGCAAUUAAAUAUAUUUGUGAAUAACAAAAUAUCCAUUAUGCAACAAUUAUUCUAGAAAUAUCAAUAAUUGGGUUGUUUAUUCGACUNGGAUUUGGUAAUUUUUAUAAAAAUUAAUGGAAUUAAUAAUGUUAAAUAUGUUAAGAUAAAUGGGAUGGUAUCAUGUCUCUUAUACUUAUACUUAUUUGGUAAUUAAAUAAUGUAAUUUUAGGACAUUUUUAUCUAUUAUAUUAUCUUUGAGAAGUGUCAAUAGAUCAAAUAAAUUAUUUACUUAACUUAAAUUAAUUAGAAGAUAUCACAAAAUCUUAUUUAAAUUAAAUUAAGGUAAAAUAAUAUAAAAUAUUCUAGAUCAUGAAAGUAUUCUUAUAAAAUUGAUGAUAAAUUAUUUAUGGACUUUUUAAGUAAUAUUUACAUUUAAUAUCAAAUUUUCUCUAUCAUUUUAUUUUGUUGAAUAAAUUAGUAAUAGUUCCUAUUCUAUUGCUAGUAAUUAAGAUUGUCAUUUAUCUAAAAUAAGUACAAAUCCCUUAAUUUAUAUAAAACUUUUAAUGAUGAUAACAUUUAUUAUUUCAUAAUUUAAUAUUAUAUUUUUGGCAUCAUUUUGCUACUUUAAAAAAAUGAAACAUAAAUAUGAUCUCAGUAUACUCACAAAUACUCUACUUUAUUUGUAUAUUGUAAAUUAUGCAGGGUUGAUGAAAAUGUAAAAUUAUAAUAAUAUUUAUAGGUUAUCUUCAGUUCUUUCAAUUCGAGUUAUAUCAAAUAUUAAUUAUAUUUAAGGUGAUGUGACAUUGUAAUUUGGAGAUCAAAAUCAUAAAUAUUGGAUUUUUUAUUGUGUUUUACCAGGAUUAAUAUUUUUUGGGUUUCUUAUUCCUGUUUUCAUUCUAGUAUUUUUGUUAAUAAAUAGAAAUAACCUAGAUAAGAUUAAACUAAGAAAGCAUAUUUGUUAUUUACUAAAUGAAUACGAAAGUUAAAGUUAUUUUUGGGAAUAAAUCAAAUAAUUAAAAAAAACUAUAAUUAUUUUUAUUUUGACUCAUUUUGAAACUUAAAUUUUAUUUAAAGCUCUUUUAUUAGGAUUAUGCUUAUUAAUUUAUUAAAUUUUAGCAAUUAAUUAAAAACCCUUUGUUACAAAAACAUUUAAUUCUCUUGAUUUAGAAGCAGCAUAAAUUUGUUCGAUUUCAAUUUACUUAACUGCAAUUAAAUAUAUUUGUGAAUAACAAAAUAUCCAUUAUGCAACAAUUAUUCUAGAAAUAUCAAUAAUUGGGUUGUUUAUUCGACUCUUUUACUUAUUUAUGUAAAAUAUAUUUAGAAUUUACUAUAAAAAAUAUAAAAUCCCCAUUUUAGCUUACUUAUGUGAAAUAUUUAAAUUAAUUGGGAAUAAUUUUAUUUUAACAAUAUAUUUAAAUAAAAUUUUAAAUUUUCAUAAAGAGAAAGAAUAAAGAUUAUAAAAUAAUUACUUAAAAUUAAGAAAUUAUUUAUUGUAUUUUACAAAAAUUUAAUUAAGAAAUUCAAAGUAUUGAUUUCAUUAAAUCUUCAUUAGGUUAUUAACUUAUUAGAACAUAUCAGAAAGAAUUUAAACAGUCAAAUCAAGUAGAUCUGAUUUUGAAAAAAUUAACUUUUUAGGAAUAGGGGAACUAAAUGAUCAUAUUAUUUGA